AUGGAGUGGGAUAGUGAUUCCGAUCUCAGCGGCGGCGAUGAUGUGGCUGAGGAUGGAUGGUUCGGCGGGGAUAACGGACCGAUCCCGUUUCCGGUAGGUAGUCUUCCCGGAACGGCGCCGUGUGGGUUUGUCGUCAGCGACGCUCUCGAGCCUGACCAGCCUAUCAUUUAUGUAAACACCGUCUUCGAGAUUGUCACUGGGUAUCGAGCUGAGGAAGUUAUUGGUAGAAACUGCCGGUUUUUGCAGUGUAGAGGGCCGUAUGCUAAGAGAAGGCACCCAUCAGUAGAUUCUACAGUUGUCUCGAAGAUGCGACAGUGUCUUGAAAAGGGAAUCGAGUUUCAAGGCGAGUUGCUAAACUUCCGUAAAGAUGGGUCUCCUUUGAUGAACAAGCUGCGUCUAGUCCCUAUCCGUGAAGAAGACGAAAUCACUCAUUUCAUAGGCGUUCUCUUCUUCACAGACGCCAAAAUCGAUCUCGGCCCAUCUCCGUCUCCAUCUCCUGGUUUAUAUGGUAAAGAAACCCCGAGAACGUCUCGCUCGUUCGCCACUGCAUUACCGAUUGGAGAGCGUAACGUUUUCCGUGGACUCUGCGGGAUAUUCGAACUGAGCGAUGAGGUGAUUGCUGUGAAGAUACUGUCACAGCUGUCUCCUCGCGAUAUCGCGUCGGUUGGUUGUGUGUGUUGGCGGCUCAAUGAGCUGACAAAGAACGAUGACGUGUGGAGAAUGGUCUGUCAAAACACAUGGGGGACCGAGGCGACACGUGUCCUCGAGAGCGUUCCAGGCGCAAAGAGGAUCGGUUGGGUGCGGCUGGCGAGAGAGUUUACCACGCAUGAAGCAAUGGCGUGGAGGAAGUUUUCGGUUGGAGGCACUGUUGAGCCUUCCAGGUGUAACUUCAGCGCUUGUGCGGUUGGGAACAAGAUAGUCAUCUUCGGCGGGGAAGGUGUGAAUAUGCAGCCGAUGAAUGAUACGUUUGUGUUGGACCUUGGCUCGACUAGUCCCGAGUGGAAGUCCAUUCUGGUCAGCUCUCCUCCUCCGGGCCGCUGGGGACACACGCUCUCUUGUGUCAACGGUUCCUGUUUAGUAGUUUUUGGAGGUUAUGGCAGCCACGGUUCACUCAACGAUGUCUUCUUGUUAGACCUUGAUGCAGACCUUCCGACGUGGAGAGAAGUGUCCGGUUUAGCUCCUCCGAUACCAAGAUCGUGGCACAGCUCAUGCACACUCGAUGGAACCAAGCUGAUUGUAUCCGGUGGCUGUGCUGAUUCAGGAGCUCUACUCAGCGACACGUUCCUACUUGACCUUUCAAUGGCUAUACCAACUUGGAGGGAGAUACCGGUUCUGUGGUCUCCUCCGUCUCGCCUCGGACAUACUUUAACCGUCUACGGUGACCGCAAGAUCCUCAUGUUUGGCGGUCUUGCAAAGUCCGGUUCUUUGAGAUUCCGGUCUAACGAUGUGUACACGAUGGAUCUUAGCGAGGAGGAACCGUGUUGGAGAGCUGUGAACGGGUAUGGAUCUAGCUUACCGGGAGGCAUGGCAGCUCCAAGACCGAGGCUAGACCAUGUAGCGAUUAGCCUUCCCGGUGGGAGGAUCUUGAUCUUUGGUGGUUCGGUUGCAGGGCUCGACUCGGCUUCUCAGCUUUAUCUGCUUGAACCAACGGAGGAGGAUCCGGCGUGGAGAAUAUUGAAUGUUAGUGGAAGUCCACCGAGGUUUGCGUGGGGACACACAACUUGUGUGGUCGGAGGAACAAGGUUGGUGGUCUUAGGUGGUCAAACCGGUGAAGAGUGGAUGCUGAAUGAAGCUCAUGAGCUCUUAUUAGCUACUUCUACUACUGCAGUCACUUGA